AUGGCUACCGAACAAGAGGUUUGCCAAUUUGAAGAUCAUAUGACUUCAGCAAAGGGUAGUGUUCAUGGACAUUCUCACGAUCAUGGCGUAGGAGAACAUGGACACACUCAUGAACAAUUAGAUAAUCCUGGUAAAUAUAAUGAAAGAGAAUUACCAAAAUACGGAAAUCGUAACUGGAAAGAACGGGCUUUUACUGUUGGAAUUGGAGGUCCUGUUGGAUCAGGAAAGACGGCAUUAAUGUUAGCAUUAUGCAAGGCACUGAGAGAAAAAUAUUCCGUUGCAGCGGUGACAAAUGAUAUUUUUACUAAAGAGGAUACAGAAUUCCUAGUUCGAAAUAAUGCAUUACCAGCUGAACGUAUUCGUGCAAUAGAAACUGGCGGGUGUCCACACGCCGCUAUUAGAGAAGAUAUCUCUGCUAAUUUAGGUGCUCUGGAAGAAUUACAUGUUAAAUUCAACGCUCAAUUAUUGCUUGUUGAAAGUGGGGGUGAUAAUUUAGCUGCCAAUUAUUCUCGAGAGUUGGCGGAUUAUAUCAUCUAUGUCAUUGACGUGGCAGGAGGAGACAAAAUUCCAAGGAAAGGAGGACCAGGCAUUACACAGUCAGAUCUUUUAAUCAUAAACAAAACUGAUUUAGCAGAAAUCGUUGGAGCUGAUUUAGGCGUGAUGGAAAGAGAUGCUCGUAAAAUGAGAGAGAAUGGGCCAACGUUAUUUACUCAAGUGAAAAACGGUGUUGGAAUUCCGCAGAUCGUUGAAUUGAUACUGAGUGCUUGGAAGGCGAGUGUUAUCAACUCUAACAGGAAUCAAAAGUUGUUGCAAAUGAAGACGGCUAAUCCUGUUCCUAAUGUUCAUAAAUUUCCUAUCUAUCCUCUUAAAAGAUUUAAUACAACCUGUGUUGAAUUUAAACAGCCUGUCGAAAUUACGAGUUUUAGUUAUGACGAAAAUCGUCAAUUACAUAUGGACGAUAGAGAGCUGAGAUAUUAUUAUCCUCCUAAUUUGGAGAAGGAUUUUAAUUUAUCAGCUGGCUAUGAAAACUUUAUACAAAGGGAAAAUCAAGGAGCUGAACCAAUUCAUUCUUUAUUGGAUGCGUUGAUUCAUUUGAAAAGGACUAGUGCUAAUGAGGAUGUAAUAAAGGCUGAUAUCAUCUCUUGGAGAGGAAUUUUCACAAAGUUACUAUGUGCUCCAUAUAACAAGAAUGAACCCUGGGAAUUAGGAGCAACAUUAUAUAAUAAUACAAUCUUCAUUGAAGAACAUGAAACGGAAUAUAAGCGACGAAACAAUGCCGGAAAUACUCAAAAAGCUAAAUUAAUGGGGUAUUGGGGAUAUAAAUUUGAAGCAUUAAGUACAAUCAAUGUACCUGCGUCUGAAAUUAAAUCUCCAGAUGAUCCUGAAUUAUUAGCUCGUAAAAAUGCUGUGGUAAAUACGAAUAUACAAUAUUGUUCUGUUGCAAAUACAAAAUUGGGGACAAAAAAAUUAAUAAUGGGCGCAGAAGUUGAUUGUAUUAUAAGUAAUAAACCACCAUAUCCUGAAAAUCCAGUUGAUAGAUAUAUUGAAUUGAAAACUUCUAAGAUCAUUGAAAAAGAAAGGGAUAAUUUUGUAUUCGAAAGAGAUGAUGAUGGAAAUUUACGUGUAGUACAAGAACUUAAAACUUUAGAAAUACCAAGAAUGGUUAGAGGAAAAGAUAAAAUGUGGGAUGCAACUAUUUGCUUAAAUUUCUUAAAUAAAAUUUGUGAAUGGUUAAGAGAAGUAAUUAAGAUUGAAGAUGCAAAUUCUUCAUAUGUUAUAUCAUUUAAGGAACCAUUUCAAGAAAUUGAAGUUUCUUUCUGUUAUAAUAAAAAUUCUGUAUUAGCAGAUAGACAUUUAAAUCCACUUAAAAU